CGUAGCGUAGCCGUCGCCUGUAUCAAGGUCCGUGUCGUAGCCGUUGCCCGUGCCAUGGUCCGUGCCAGCGGCCGGGGUCUGUGGUUAAAUACAUGUAAUUUACCGCAAGUUACAGGGAAUGGAAGUGUGGAACAGGCGCGAGGUGGUGCGCCCGCCCUCCUGCACCCUUCGGUACACUUCGAAGGAGAGGCAGAGGGAGAACUUUGAUAUGUGUGUACAAGCCUUGCUUGAAGGCAUCCUUUGUGGUCAUGCUGUCUUGUGUGAUAAAGAAGUAUCUUGGUCUUUCCUGCGUGAGGUUGCCAUUCUCACCACAUCUCUCUUUCAAAAUGGUCGACAUCGUACAGAGAAGUUUUACAAGGCUUUGAAGAAGGUGGAGAAGUGUUCAGAGAGGUGGAAGGAGUUUAAUCUUGGGGAAAUUUUAGUUGAUCUCCGUCAGUUGAUGCCAGCUAUUCCCCCUACCCACAAGUGUGUCCGUAUGCCAUCUAAACAAAUGUUUGAUUACCUGCUUAUAAAAAUAUUAGGAGGCUUCCAUCUUCUCCUUGGUUUAGAUGGAUACUGUAGAGAGGCUGCCGGCUAUCUCGUCUCCAAGAUUUCAUCUGGUCAUUUUUUCAGCACAGCGAUGGCUUUUUUAGCUAAUGUUGCAAGAAUAAGGGCUCUUGCACUUGACUUGUCGGGACAACUGGCAAAAGUGUAUGAUGACAUCUUUCCUUGGAUAGAACACCUGAAAAGUAGCAGUACACCUUGUUUAGCAAUUAAAGGUUCUCUGCCUUCAAAGCUUUCCGACAGUCUACAGCAGUAUUCCAGUUCAUUAGAUGAAAAUAGCAAUUCCAUGCUUACUGAGGAUACUCCCAAAGUUAUGAAUUUUUCACACAAGUUAAACAUCUUCAAAAAGGAAGACAAAAAUGUUGACACAAAUUUCUGUUGCUAUGAACUGUCAGAAAGUAAGGACGAUUUAAGGAAAGCUACACAAUCUGAAAGGUUUUUAAACAAGGAAGUCAAACUUGCAGAAAAUGUCAAGGUUCCUGCCCCAUUAGAGUGUCUUGAAGAUAUUGGUGUGUGCAUAAAUGAUGAUAACCAAAUUAUGAAGCGUUCCAGUAAUGUUAAUAACAAUGCCAGUAAACGAAAGAAAGUCACCGAUAGCUCAGGCAUGUGUAAACCAGGAAUGAUGGUAGUGAGGUGUAAUAAUUCUGGAACUGAUAAUUUUUUGAAUGUCGGUGUAGAAAAGAAUUCGUCCAAGCUCAAAAGAAAGAGGGAGGCAGUAGAUCCAGCAAACAACAAGAAAAAUAAGACUAAUAUUGGUCCCCACUGCAAGUUGAAUAUGGAAGACAACAACAUUACUCCAACUUUUUUUAGACAUUAUCUGAGUGUCAAUAAAAAAAUAAAGAAAAUUAAUUGCAUUGAAGAUAUGAGUAGUUUUCUAAAACAGGAAAAAGAGAGAAGAUGCAAGAAAGACAGUAAUAGAAUUUCAAUACUGCUGAGGGAGGAGGACUGGAUUAUGAUGGUCAAAUCCAUGAAAUCCAAACUGAAAAAAAAUGAGGAAUUGAGAGAGAGUGUGAGUGCUUCAAAUGGAAAUCUUGAUGUGAACACAUUGAUGAAAAAGGUAAAGAUCAGAUUAAAAUUUUGGUUAUUAUUCCCAGAGCUAAAGGGUGAAAAGCCUGAGAAUUGGAAAAGUAUGUUGUGUGAUAUAAAGAAUGGUACAAACAAUUGACGUGAUGUAUUAACAAGACAUGAUGACCUAUUAUCUAUGUCUGAUGUAUAUGUCACAGCAAAUUAGGGUAAGGAGCUUUAUAAGAAUGACUUUGGCACAAAUAUAAACAAUUUAUUUAGUAAUUGUCAUUUGGUCUUUGAUAGUUCACUCUUAGGGUGAAAUCUUGUUUUUGUUGAGGUAUGAACAAAUCUACAAGGACAGUGAUGAGGGUUCAACCCUACGUCCGGGAUGAUGUAAUAAAAGUAUGUUGGUGGGUCUCUUCUCUCUUGCUUGCAUUUGUGCUUAGCAAUUUUAUACAUUUUAAAAGUAAACAGUUUCACUAAAAGCAAAAAAAAAAAAAAAUACCAUCUGAUAUAUUUAGGGGAUAGGUAACAUGAUUUUAUUAAUGUACAAAAUUAAUGCCCCUUUUUUUUAUAAUAAAAUUAUAUUUAUUAUGUGUGCUGUGCUUCUCUUCCCUGAGCUCGGCUCUUAUUCUUAGUGGUAACUGUUUGCUGGUCAAUUUCCCAUUUAUUGUGUUCUCAGGGCUCUUGUCCUCGCUUUUGGAGUUGGUUUGGUAGGAUUGACCCUUGACCCUUGCCUCCAUCGGGUCACUGUGGAGUGGGUGGUGUCUGUCGUGAUUAAAACGACUUCAUCUCUUUGUUGGGUGUCUCAUCUUUUCCCAGUUCUGAAAUGGGCCUUGGUAGAGCUCCACUUCAUCCUUGAUCUUUUGGGGUUGAAAGCAUUUGUCCCCCUUCCCCACUUUCAGCAUGACCACUCUUGCCCAGGUUUGCCUUGUGUUCAUAGGCCUGGACCUGGAUGGUCUCUGGACCUAUAGAUGCUUAUUGGCAUGUCCCCAUACAUCUGAGGUUCAGAGAUUGAUUAGGUUUCUUCAUGCAGAACCAAGCAUCCCACUUUAGCAUCCUUCCUUUUGGCUCGAAUCUGGCUUCACAUGUGUUAAUCAGAUUGGCUCCGGUCAUGGUGGUCUCUGUUUUCUGCGAAUUCAUGUUAUGGCCUACUUCAUGACUGACUGGUGUGGGUCUCCAAGUCAGUCUUGUGUCUACUAGCCCGGUAUCUGGUUCUCUCCCAGCUUGCCGGGUUCAGGUUCCUGAUGAAUUGAAUGAAGACCAGACCACACACUAGAAAGUGAAGGGACGAUGAUGUUUCAGUUUGUUCUGGACCAUUCUCGAGUCGGUUGUGGUCCAGGACGGACCGAAAUGUCGUCGUCACUUCACUUUCUAGUGUGUGGUCUGGUCAACAUACUUCAGCCACAUUAUUGUGACUCAUAACCUGCAACUGAAUGAAGUCCCAGUUGCUUUUGACUGCGGUUUGAACUUGGCUGGGCCUUGUGUAGAACUUUCGGUUAGUGUUGUUUUCCUUUGCUCUGGCUGCAUUGCAGCGCCUUUCUGAUGUAGAGGCAGCCCUGAACGACUGUGUGUUAUAUUGAGCAGCUGUGCAGGAUUGGGCCCCAAUCACCCUUCAGCUGCUGCAUUGUCAGCUUCCUUGGUGCCUUCCUCUGAUGUUGCUCGACAAGUUUUCAGAUGCAUCAGCUCUGUUCUAGUGGUUUAUGACCAGCACUCGCCAAACUGGCCAGGGUCUGUUUCGCACAGUAUGGUGCGCGAGUUUGUGGUCACGUGGCAUGCUCUGAAGGGGAUUCUGAUUUCUCCAAGCUCCAUUCGGACUGUUUCCCAGUGAUUCAUUGCCUGAACCAGGGGUAGUGCACAGCUCACCUGCUGGAUUUUCUGGGUUUGGUUCUCCAAACUGUUCACGUCUGGGAAGUGCCGGUUGUUUUCAGUCUCUCGCUUCCUUCCCAUCUCCAAGGAGAGGACUGUCGAUGCUGCCUCUUUCCGCUGGCUUUGUGGUAUGUUCAGAUGCUCGAAAAUAGAUCUGUGUUGGCUUGGAAUUGAUGCCUUCCUCUCUGUGACUUGAUUCCCAGAUCGCAAGGCCCUCACAGUAGAUACUAUUGGCUGGACUGGUUGCAGUGGGUGUUCUUUACCACUUACCCAAAUCCAGCUGUUGUUCUGGGUGCUGGCCCAGUUAAUCCUACUAGGACAAGGUAGUGGUUGUGGCUCCUUGGUGGCUGGCUCAGCCUUGGUUUCAGAUGAUUGUACAGUGUCUGAACCCAAACGUUUUUCCCAUGGCUCUGCCUCUUUCAGAAGAUCAUCCCGGUGAUGUAUUUCGUUUGUUUGAACUUCUCAGCUCUUUGCAUAUGGUCUUUCUGACACAUAUUUAUCACCAUCUAUAUGACAAGCAUUGGAACUGAUUUGGUGUCCCGCCUGCAUUCAUCUUCCCAGUAGCAGACUCAAUUAGGGUGAUGUUUUCGUUCCUGUCUUGGUUGUUUCUUGACUGGCAUCUUGUGCCAAAUAUUGUUGCCUCUUAUGCAACAUUAGUGAAGCUACUACUGCUUGUAUUCAGCAUUGAUGCUAUCUUGGCACUGUUUUGGAAGCUGACUUGUGUAUUGUUUCACAUCCAGUCUUGUCAUGUGCUGCCUGAGCCCUCUUGGUCUCUUGAUUGUCUUCACCUUUCUUUUAGGAUUAGUUUUCCCUUCCGUUUGCAAUUCUUUUUCAAAGUUUUUUUUUUGGCACAUGCUUCUGGUUGUAGGGUUGGUGAGUUUCAUGUUCCCCAGAGGAAUGGUUUUUGUUCUUUUGGUCCUGGGGGGGUGUUAUGGUCUCUUGUAGCUAUCUCCUUUUUAGGCAAAGAAUGAGUCAAGUGAGCUUCUAGAGGGGGUCCUUUGGGCAUUGAUGCUUGAUUAGUUUGGUCAGUGUUGCAUCAUGUGCUGAGCCCGGUGGCAGCUCUUCACCACUACCUUCCUGCCUCUGUGGAUGCUUUGUGUUUAUCAGUCAUCCAGAGUGUCGUAAGUUUAGCCAGCUUGCAGUCUACUAUUGUCCCCAUGAUGUUCGUAAAUAUUGCUGCUCUAGCCGUGAUCUUUGCUAACAUGUCCUUGGCUGAUAUUUAGGUAUGAGGAUUUUGGCACAGAGAGUCCUGGUGGCCCAGUAUGUAGUUAAUGUCUCAUGUCUGUGUCGCUUUGGGCCAUCUCUUAUUGAUUGCCUGCAAUCUUGCCUGUAAUUGCCCUUUCUCCAUAGGUAACUUUAAGGAGUCACAAGCGGCUCUCCAAGAAAACCAGCAUUGAAUGUAAUGAAAUGCCUCUUCUGCACAUUCAACCCUGCUCCUGUGCCAGGCAAGACCACUACAGGCUCACCAUAGUCUCUGCUACUUUGAACUUUUUGUUCAGAGUAGUUGAAUCAAACAACAACCUCUUUCUGGAUGAUCCCUGGUGGCUCCCUGAUCCCCCUCCCUCCCUACCAUGUUUGUCAGUGGAUCGCUCUUCACAUCUGUUCCAGAACUGUCUUGGAAGACUUGGAGUUCUGGCUCCCCAACUUGGUCGGGGAAUGCUAAUAAGUUUGCACUAGUUUCAAGAUUUUCAAUCAUUCGUUUACAUUAUUUAGGUUGAGUUCACUUGGCAGUUUUGAAGCUUUGGUCUCUAAACCCAGCAGUGGUCUGUACUGGUUCAGACUUUCCUGGAGGGGUACCAAAUUGUUACCUGCUCUGCAAGAGGUGGGGCCAGGUUUUGGCUCUGGUCUCAGAUAGUCCAAACAGAACUUCAUAGCUGAUGACAUAAUAGUAGGGAGCUGCCCAGGAAAAGGCAUGUUAUUACCUUCAUUACUAGGUUUUUCAACAUGGGUAAAUUAUCCAACACCAGUGUAAGGACCUCCUUUCUCUUGCCCAAGCCUAGACACCCAAACCUACCUCCAAGGGUGACCCCUCCCUCAGGUGGUCUAAUGACCAGAAUAGGAACCAUACGUAGGUUUCUUUGCAUGUUCAACACAGAGAGAAGGGGCUAAGGCAACUCCUCACUGGCCCAAGGGAGCCGGUGUAGUGUGAGCCCCCUCAUCACUACACGGUGAAACUCUUGAGGGAGACCCCUGCAAGAAGUAAGGCAGUUGCUGUACAGACAGAAGUUAAAGUUUUGAGUAGCUUACUAAUCAGGGAACAUAUACCAUUUUAGCAGCCAUGUUUACCUUUUCUAGCAUUAAUAGAAUGCAUUAGUACACUUAACUGUGCCUAGAAGUUAUUCAUUGCUGUAAUUAUUUUCUUGGCAAGCAGAAUAUUCAUUAUAUCGAGGACGCUUGUCUCCUCCCACAGAUUUAGUGCUUCACGUAGGGUUUUAAAUGUCUAUACAGCAUUUUAAAAUCAAUAACAUUUUAAUAUUUCAAAAUACGUGUACGAGUUUCUACGAGUUUCUUAAUUUGAUUGUGCAAGGAACAAAUUUUUCAUAUAAAGUUGCCAUUCACACAGCUCUGAUGUGACAAUAUCUAGAAAUGGGAAAAGGUAUGAAGGUAAAGAUUUGGCAGGAGGGCAAGGAGGAAUGCAUCUGUAGCAAGACAGAUUGCAAUAUUCUUGAGGGGUAUUUAACAUAACUGGGAUACUGAAACAUUUUCUAUUUUUUAGAUAAUGGGAAUUCAAAACCCAUUAAAUAUUUAAUUGGGAAACUGCCCAAAUAAUUUUAAUAGGCACGGGUUAUUAAACUUGCAAUACGAAGAGGAAAUAAAAGUUCGUUUUUUACCAAAAAACCAUUAUUUUAUUAUGAACAAGUUCACACUGCUAUCGUUAGCCAAAAAUACAGACACUUACAAAGGCUGUGUGUGGCCUGGCAAGCUCCACAAGGGCUUCACAGAAAUUAUGCCACAGCUGUGCUACCAGGAGCCUCAUGCAAUGACACAUGGGCCACCUAGUGCAACUACAACGCAUGGGCCACCAAUGCAACAAUGACGAGCUGGCCACUAAACACGCGUGGCCAAAUCUGAGGGCUUGACCAGGAAACUGUCUCGGGA